GUGAACAAAUAAACUCAACGGGACGAACCAAAACUAGCUGCUAUUUCAGGUCAGAACACAGAGGCAUUUCGAAGAAAAGAGAUAUACCUGGCAAAUAUUUGUCUUGUAACUUAAUCCGCGUCACUUGAAUGGACACGGUGCCCAAAGUAAGAGCAAACCGACUCACCCGAACCUCCAUUAUGCCUGUGAAGAAGAAAAGAAAGUCGUCCGGCUCAGAAGAUCCGAGUAUCAGAAAGUGCAAAAUCACCAGUUACUGCAGGACACAAACACCAGGACGGCUGGUAAACCCAGAUGAUCAUUUCUCUAGCAAGAAAUGUGUCGCCUGGUUUUACGAAUAUGCAGGUUCAGAUGACAUUGUCGGACCAGAGAGCAUGGAGAAGUUCUGUGAGGACAUCGGAGUAGAGCCUGAAAAUAUUGUAAUGUUAGUUUUAGCCUGGAAACUUGAAGCAACAAAUAUGGGAUUUUUCACAAAAGAAGAGUGGCUGAAAGGAAUGACGUCACUACAUUGCGACUGCACAGAGAGAUUACAAGGCAAACUGGACUAUAUGCGCUCUCAGCUGAAUGACCCGGUUGUAUUCAAGAACAUUUACAGAUAUGCCUUCGACUUUGCCAGGGAUAAAGAUCAGCGCAGUCUUGAUAUGGACACCGCAAAAUCCAUGUUGGCACUUCUCCUUGGAAGGACGUGGCCUCUGUUCCCAGUGUUUCAUCAGUUUCUUGAGCAAUCGAAGUAUAAAGUCAUGAAUAAGGACCAGUGGUACAACGUCUUAGAGUUCAGCCGUACAGUUAACACAGACCUGAGCAACUACGAUGAAGAUGGAGCCUGGCCAGUGAUGCUGGAUGAGUUUGUGGAGUGGCAUAAAGCCAGAAUUGCAUUAUAGCACAAGUAGACGCUGAAUGAAAGCACAUCAGAGUUUUUGUUGUUUUUCGGUGUGCCCCCGACGUUGGCAUACCUUUCGAGGACCGCUUCAACAUGUCCUAGUACAUCACUACCCAGAGACUCUUACAGUGUUACUUUAAAAGGAAACGGCACCCGAGGAAUCACAUGACAGAAGGGGAAAUAUUUUUCAUAUGUAUUUGUUGCAACAGUUCUUUUGCCAGUGUUAUAUGAAUUUUCUGAGGGAAACGGUCUGUUUGUAAUUUCCUUUCAUUUUUUUUUUUUUUUUUUUUUUUCCUCAAAGUUUUACUUUGUUUAUAGUGUUUUGAAAAGGAAAUAAAUAAAGCAGUUGUAAAUUAA